UUAGGAGGUGUGGUCUCUUUGGAGGAAGUGUGUCACACGGGAAGGACUUUGAGGAUUCAAACACUUCCCAGCAUCCCCAGUGUGCUCUCUACUUCCUGUUCAUGGAUCGGGAUGUAAACUCUCAGUAGCUGCUCCAUUGCCAUGCCUGCCUCUCUGCUGCCAUGCUCCCUGCCUUGGUGGUGAUGGGCUGUCAACACUCUGGAAUCCCCUUUAGCAGACUUCCAGGGAGGUGUUAGCACCUGCUGAAGACAGAGGUCAAAGAAGACAUCAGUGAGAUCUCUGCAACUCCACAGCACCAUUCCAGCUGCAUCCCACUUGUGAACACCUUCCUUCUAUGACACCCUGCUGAACACUCCCAGCACCAAGAUUCCUUCAUUCCUGUGGUCCUCCCAGCUCCAGACAAAGCAGUGCAUCCUACUAUCACCUGAGUCCCACAGGCUUCAGUGGCUGGCCUUCGGGCCACACUUGAAAAGCAAGGGCUAAGGGGGCUUCAAGUUUCCUUGUACAGUGUGUGGAGUAUUGCUCUAUACAGAGGAUCACAGAAGGAAACAAAACAGGCCUGUCUGUGGCCCCCGGAGAGAGGCGACUUGAUCCAGUGGCAUCACUGAUGAGUGCUGAAGAGGAUACACAGGCAUCUGGACCUGAGGCUGCUGCCUGGGUCCCCUUCCCCACAGUUGAUGUCCCAGACCAUGCUCACUAUACCCUGGGUACGGUGAUCCUGCUGGUGGGGCUCACAGGGAUGCUGGGCAAUCUGACAGUCAUCUACACCUUCUGCAGGAACAGAGGCCUGCGGACACCUGCAAACAUGUUCAUUAUCAACCUUGCAGUCAGCGACUUCCUCAUGUCAUUCACUCAGGCUCCGGUCUUCUUUGCCAGCAGCCUCUACAAGAAAUGGCUCUUUGGGGAGACAGGUUGUGAGUUCUAUGCCUUCUGUGGAGCUGUCUUUGGCAUUACUUCCAUGAUCACCCUGACAGCCAUUGCCCUGGACCGCUAUCUGGUGAUCACACGUCCACUGGCCACCAUUGGGAUGGGAUCCAAAAGACGAACGGCCUUUGUCCUGCUAGGUGUCUGGCUCUAUGCCCUGGCUUGGAGUCUACCACCCUUCUUCGGCUGGAGUGCCUAUGUGCCUGAGGGGCUGCUGACAUCCUGCUCCUGGGACUACAUGACCUUCACACCCCAGGUGCGUGCCUAUACCAUGCUGCUCUUCUGCUUCGUGUUCUUCCUCCCCCUGCUCAUCAUCAUCGGCUGUUACAUCUUCAUCUUCAGGGCCAUCCGAGAAACAGGCCGGGCCUGUGAGGGCUGCAGUGAGUCCCCUCAACAGCGGCGGCAGUGGCAUCGGCUGCAGAGUGAGUGGAAGAUGGCCAAGGUCGCACUGAUUGUGAUCCUCCUCUUUGUGCUCUCCUGGGCCCCCUACUCCACUGUGGCCCUGGUGGCUUUUGCUGGGUACUCUCACAUCCUGACGCCCUACAUGAGCUCAGUGCCAGCUGUCAUCGCCAAGGCUUCUGCCAUCCACAACCCCAUCAUUUAUGCCAUCACUCACCCCAAGUACAGGGCAGCCAUUGCCCAGCACCUGCCUUGCCUUGGGGUGCUACUUGGAGUGUCAAGCCAGCGCAGCCACCCCUCCCUCAGCUACCGCUCUACCCAGCGCUCUACACUGAGUAGCCAGUCCUCUGACCUCAGCUGGAUCUCUGGACCGAAGCGUCAAGAGUCCCUGGGUUCUGAGAGUGAAGUGGGAUGGACAGAAACAGAAGCGACAGCUGUGUGGGGAACUGCCCAGCCAGCAAGUGGACAAUCUUCCUGCAGUCAAAACCUGCAAGAUGGGGCAGUCAAAGCUCCUUCCAGCCCCCAGGCCAAGGGACAGCUCCCCAGCCUGGACCUCGGGAUGUAGGAUGCCCACUGGCCCUCCUUUUCUUCUGCUACUUGUCCAGUUCCAUCACUUCCCUAUCACAUGCACAAACCCAGGCUUAUCUCCAAAAGCCUGGAAGCUUUGGAAGUGUCACUGUCACCUGUGCUACACUGGACUCACAGUUCCAGCCCCUUCCCACACCAUAAAACUCCUGCCUUGAAGCAUGGUCUGCACUACUCAGCCAUCACACCUGGGCUCUGCCUGAAGCAUGGACCCAGGCUCUCUUUCCUGCUUCACUUCCAGCAGCCACCGCCUCUCCUCGGACACUGUGUGCUGCGAUUGGCCAGGCGAUGACAAUAGCGAUGGCCCUGGGGAACUCAUCAUUUAUUUAUGAGUCAAGCAUCGUGGCUAGCCUUUGUGACCAGGCUGGACAUCUCAUUGGUUCAGAAAGCUCUGUCCAGCAUCCCCUGCUGUCAGUGAUCAAAAUGUUGAACACAGACUUUACUUUGCACAACAGAAAUACUUCACCUCUAGUUCUCCCAUAGCAUUCACACUGUGGCCCAUACUUACAUGUUUGUGGGCACUGGCGAGCACAUAGGUACCUAUCUGUAUGCACACCAAACACAUGUAUGCACACCCUGCCCUUACUGAUUGUUUUCUGUCAGUGGUCUAAGUUCCUUCCAGAUGUGGAUCUGACAGGGUAUUGGAAAAUAAAAAAACAAGGUCU